UCGUUGAGAAUUCGUUGCGCCACUUUCGAAGAGUCAAGACGUGUUUUUUACCUGUGAUUCGUGUACAACGUUGUUCAUUAAACUCGGCUUACACACACACACACACAUAGAAAUAACAAAAGAGAGCGAGAGAGAAUCUGUGAGAAGACUGAACAGUGUUGUUGUUUAGAGCGAGUCGACAAGUGUGUACAGCAUCCGCGUUAGCCCGUGCAAGAGAAAGAAACGAAGCUAACUGAUAUUUAUUUAUCUUCAUUUCCAGUUGUCUCUCACAAGUUGUUGGCUUCUAGCGCGUUUUUAUCGUCACUUUAGCUGGUUGUGUGUUGUUGUGUUGUGCUCCGUCCGUCGUUUUGGUGUGUGCAGUUGGGUGUGGUAUCCAAAAUAUAAUAAAGAAAAAAGAAAUUAGUUUUGUAUACAAUAAAUAAAAAGAAACAACAAAAAAUAUUAUAAAUAUGUGGCGCACGCUAGUGGCCUCCAUCCUUCUGCUAAAUGCCAUAGCCUUUGGUCAGCGAACGCCAACGAUUUCGUAUAUAACACAGGAACAAAUCAAGGACAUUGGCGGCACAGUGGAAUUCGAUUGUUCUGUACAAUAUGCCAAAGAAUAUAAUGUACUCUUUCUGAAAACUGACUCCGAUCCGGUCUUCCUAUCGACGGGCUCAACACUCGUGAUCAAAGAUUCACGUUUCUCGUUGCGUUACGAUCCAAACAGUUCCACAUACAAACUGCAGAUCAAGGAUAUACAGGAGACUGAUGCGGGUACCUAUACCUGCCAAGUGGUGAUCUCCACCGUCCACAAAGUGUCUGCCAGUGUGAAGCUAUCGGUGCGUCGUCCGCCAGUCAUAUCCGACAAUUCCACGCAAUCCAUAGUGGCCAGCGAGGGAAGUGAGGUGCAAAUGGAAUGCUAUGCCAGUGGUUAUCCCACACCUUCGAUUACAUGGCGACGCGAAAAUAAUGCCAUAUUGCCAACGGACAGUGCCACCUAUGUGGGUAAUAUAUUGCGCAUAAAAUCGGUGAAGAAGGAGGAUCGCGGCACUUACUACUGUGUGGCAGACAAUGGUGUCAGCAAGGGAGAUCGUCGUAAUAUAAAUGUGGAAGUUGAAUUUGCUCCAGUCAUAACUGUGCCCCGUCCUCGUCUGGGUCAGGCUCUGCAAUAUGACAUGGAUUUGGAGUGCCACAUCGAGGCUUAUCCACCACCGGCCAUUGUCUGGACCAAGGAUGACAUUCAAUUGGCCAACAAUCAGCACUAUAGCGUAUCGCACUUCGCCACCGCCGAUGAGUACACCGAUUCCACAUUGCGUGUGAUCACCAUCGAGAAGCGUCAAUAUGGUGAUUAUGUGUGCAAGGCCACCAAUCGCUUUGGCGAGGCCGAGGCUCGUGUCAAUCUGUUCGAGACCAUCAUUCCCGUAUGCCCGCCAGCUUGUGGACAGGCCUACUAUGGUGGAGCCGAGACCGGAGCAGCUACCUCUUUCGCUUUAGUAGCCAUUGUCCUGGCUAUGAUGUUUGCCAGAUAAGCGAUUACGUCUCUUCAGUCUUUCUAUCCAAUGCCUCAGCUCCCAAAUUGCUUCAAAAUCUCCCUAAGAAACCAACUCCAAAAUUCGAAUACAUUACAUAUAAUAGGAAUCUGCAUAACUGAUGAUGAUAUACAUACAAACACCCAAUAGAUGUCUAUAUAAACCAUAACAUUCCAAGUCGCAAAAGAAAAAGAAAAAAAACAAAAACGUAAUAGAAAACAUUCUAGAAAUAUUCCACAAUUUUAACGAUUUCUAUUAUAAUUUCCAAGUUUCAAACGUCCAAUAUAUAUUAGUUGCUUUAAGUUAAUUAUGCUAAGUGAGAAGAAUUAAAUGGAAGAAAGCAAUAUACUAGAUCUGAUUUAACUUUGGAAUGUCUAAGUUAUUGUAGCACCUUAAAAUUCUCGAAUAUCGAACUCGAAUCCAAUGCAUUUCAAUUCUCUGCCCGUUUUAAUUUCUAAUUCUUUUUUUUUUUUCGUUUGUUCUGUUUUAUGUUUAAGCUAAGAAUGACAAUUCUCGAUAUCACAUCACAAGCACUAAAUUUAGCUUAAAAGGAGAAUAAACUUUAUUUUUUUAUUAAAUAAAA